ACUCUAAGAGUACGCUUAGGAGAGUUAAGCACACUUCGAGUUAAAGAGUCUUACAUCAAGAGUGCUAUAGCCCGAUCAGUGAUUUAUUUAUAUAGUUAGACAGUUUGUUUAUUGGAUUUGGUUAGAGCGUUGAGAGAGGGGUUUCUUUUGAAAAACGCGUCGGGUGCUUGUGGUUUUUCGAGAAGUGCGGAUCGGUUGUGAGUUUUACGUACCGUACACUAAGUGUGUGAUUAAAUGCUAGUUUUUACAUGAACUGACCGAUUUUUUUUUUUGGUUGGUGGAGCCGCCUUGUUUACUCGGUGGUCCUGGAGUCCAUGUCGGCAGGUGGUAGCUACGGGGAAGGCCCCGUAGUUCCCGGCGAUAGAAGUGACCUUCACGGCAUUUUACCCGAGCUCAAUGGCGUCGAAUUGGCUAUGAGCUUAAGUCCUAAGCAUCUUCAAGGUCCUCAAGUUCUCAGUCACUUACAGCAGCUCCAUCAUUCGACUCCUUUCAGCGUUACGGAUAUAUUGAGUCCCAUCGAAGAAUCAUAUAGAAAAUUGGAAUUGGCUACCAAUCCUCCUUCUCCUUAUAGAUCAACAUCUAGUGGAAGUAGUAUAAAUUCGCCGGGAAUUAGCGGUCCGAGUAACGGUUGCAAUAUGAACGGUAGUUACCCCGUUAUGGGCCAAUUCGGCGGAGGCCAAUACUGUCCAGUUUCUGAAAAUUUAGGUCUCACUCCUCAUUAUUCGUCAGGCUGGUACCAAACGUCGGCGGCCGAUCCCAGAUUCGCAAUUUCCAGAUUGAUGGGCAGCACAGCAACAGCAGCCAACAUGGGUCACGGCCUUAACAGCGGCAUGCCCGGGCUAGGAGCGUGCGCGGUAUCCGAUUCCAAACCGAUGCAGUUUCCGUUGGCGCAACGCAGAAAAAGGCGGGUCCUUUUCACGCAGGCACAGGUAUACGAAUUAGAAAGAAGAUUCAAACAACAAAAGUACCUGUCAGCACCUGAAAGAGAACACUUAGCAUCUCUAAUACACCUAACUCCGACGCAAGUGAAAAUUUGGUUCCAGAAUCACAGGUACAAGUGCAAGAGACAAGCCAAAGAAAAGGCGAUGGCCGAACAAAACCAACAUAACCAGUCAUCGAGCUCUCCACGCCGAGUGGCGGUUCCAGUUCUAGUCAAAGACGGUAAACCUUGUUCUGGUGGUGGUAACAAUACGAAUCAAACCGCAACUUCGAGUACAUCAUCCGAUACUACUCGAACGCAACAAUCUCCAGCUUGCCAACCACCUCAACAGCAAACGCAGUGUAUGGCGAAUGGCGGGUUAGCUAUGGCUUAUCGACAGCAGGGGAAUUACCAACAGCAAUGCGCCGGUUAUUUGCCAUUACAGACUCGGGCUUGGUAGUACGAAGUUGAAAACUUUUGUUACGAACAGUACGGACUAGUGUACUGCGGAGAUGUGUAAAAAGUGAGCUAUUGGCAUAAAUUUAGAUAAUAUAGGGUGAUCCUAUUGAAAUUUUCACCCCCAAUUAUUUCCAAAACGGAUCAUAGUUAAUCUACAUGAGGUUGUAUGUUUAUCGUAGUUUCGAACUUUUUUUAUCCCUCUAGCGAACUGAUACGCUACUGUUAGUUUUAUUUAGUUUGAUUUUCUUUUGAUAACUAAGAAAAUCUUCUAGGAUCGGAGGUAUUCUUGAUAUUGUCAAUCCUGAACAUUCUCGUUCAAAAAUUUGUUAAGUUCGGACCAAUACAACUCAUACAAACACAUUAAACAGGUCGCACGAAAAAAAUCAAAUUUUUUGAAAUAGUUCUGGUCAAGUCCGGCAUUAUCUGACUUGGUGGUAGCUUUCCGUGAAAUCAAUCUCAUCGGAAAAAGGUUAUUUUUUGUUCGGAGACCAGGCCUCAAUAGUACCAAGGGCUUUGAUCAUAAUAGAUUGUAAGGAUGGCAUAUCUGAAUUGCUUUAAGGUAUGAUCGAAUCACCAGCAAAUAAACAUUAUAUUUCCCCCCUGAAUUAAUGAAUUUAAUAUGGGGGACACCACCAAUGUUUUGUCUGUUUUGGGGUGAAAAUUAAAGGAAUCCAGAAGAGUACCAAAAAUCACAAAAUACUGUUGCGCCCAAAAUAUGACACCUGUGGUUGAAUCCAACUUAAACCAUCCAACUUAAAAAUACCAAAUUUGGUACAAUGCAUGAGACUGUUACCAUUUAAUGUGUUUCGAGGGGUUGUUUUGGGUGUUACCGCAACAAAAAGUGUAGAACUGGUAUAAAAAUUAAUCCUAUUCUAAAUUAAAAUUGAUCGUUAUGAUAUUUCUUGCGAACCUGCAGUUUACGAGAUAUGAAGUUGGAAAUUUUACUUGGAACACCCUAUAUAUUUCACAGUAUUUUUGAAAGUACUGCUAGAAGUAUACUAUAACAAAGUGGUUAUAAAAAUUAUUUUGUAAUGACGUAUACGUAUUUUAUCUAUAACUAAACUCAUUUUCAAUCAACUAAUUUAAAAAAAUGAUCUCUAGUUUCACUCUGGAAGAGAGUCGUACUUAAAAAAUUAUUGAAAUUUGUAAAUUAACUAGAAUUGUGAAAAUUCAUUUUCAAAAAAGUGGUAAAGGAAUUUGUGAGAAGAAUCUUGAAGUAGCUCAGAAAGGAGUAGAUUUAUUCACGUGGAAAUCAAAUGACUUCUACCAGUUCAGAAAUUGAAAAUAAAUAAAUGAAGCAAUAACAGGGUUUUCUAGUAUUUCUUCAAAGUUUGCGGCAUAAUCGUUAUUGAUUUGGAAUGUUUCAUCACUAAAUGUCAAGAUGGAUGAUCUAAGUUGAAAAUUCUCCAUCAAAUAACUUGUACUCAGUAGAACGAUUCAGAAAAACACUCUCCAACAAGUUGUAAUGGCUUAGACCCAUAAAAAUUCAGUUCAAUUUCUAGAUUGAAUAAAGAAUAUACGGGGAUGUAUUGAUAUCUAGUUAGCCUAGAUCAGUUCCAUGCAUAAACAAAAUAUUGCGUUACCAUAGCAACGAACAAUAACUUAUUAGAAGUGUCAGUGUAAAGUUUUCUGAGAGCUAAGAAUUUUUCAAUAUAUCCUCGUAUAUUCGUCACUCCUCCAAAUUUUUUAUACAAUUUUCAGUUUAUUUUUGUACGGUAAAGUACACGCUGUGACAUAAAAAACUUUUUCCAUACGACCUCUCGUUUUUGAGCCUUUAAGAUUGAGAAAUUAGAACUUACAUAAAUUCUAAGCUUACCAACUAAAUUUUUCUACAUUUCAAUUUUUUCCUUACACGAGGUUCGACAGUAUGCAGUUCAUUUAGAAAUGUUUGAUUGUGUUUCAAUAAAUAAUUGCAAUUUAUGAUAAUUUUCUUCGGAAUGUCUCUUUAUGGCGAACGUUUUCCUUGGCAUGUACAACGAUCUAAAAGUCUACGUAUCUCCUAAACCAUAAUUUUUAUCGAGAUAAACAAAGAGUACCUUUUUGUUAAAAAAUCGACUGAAAAAUUUAUUUUUGCUAUUUUUAGAUUGCUAAGCAUUGGGUAUGAGCCGCCCCUGGCCUUUAGAUAUUAGUAUGAAAUUAUUUAUUCCACCGCUAAUCACACUAUAUAGACAUACUGAAUCGUUCAUUAAAAAUUCAUAAUGAUCGAAUGAAUAAUUUACAAAAUAUACUUAAAUAUGAGUUUUGAUUUCGCAAAUGCUGUAACUCAGAAACGAGGGUUCGUAUGAGAAAAAUUUUUCCCGACUUUUUUGCAUCAAGUUUUUGAACUAUGUUUGGAUUUCAAACCACUUAAGAUAUUUUUCAAGAGACAGAAAUUAUUCGACCGACAGUCAAAUUUUUUUGGAAGAAAUAAGAUGCCACAAAAUUUGAAGGUACUUAAAGUUAUUAAACUUCCGUUAGACCCCUAAAAAACAACUAGUACCUAUAAUUAAAUAGUAAAAAUUGUUAGCUUGUAAAGAAAUAAUUAUAAGAAGUGGUGUCAUUAAUAGAAAUUGAUUUACCCCAAAGGAUUUUUGACGUUUUGAACUAGAAAACUUGACAAAGCGUUCAUACAGGGUGUUGUACUCUGUAAACCAAUUCUUCUGUAUAAAUUUGUAUUAUGUGAUUCUUAUGUGUAAAUAAGAAAUUUGUAAAUUGGAAUAAUACUCGUAUUUUGUAAAUAAAAAGAAAUUAUUACAUAUUAUGAUUGCAAUUUUUUUUCUGUUUUAAUAAUUUCUUUAAUCGGAAAACAACAAAAGAAAUAGUGCAAUUGUUUAUAUUACAAAUAUUAUGUUAUUUGCAUUUUAGAUACCUAUUUAUCACCCGAACUUUCAAUUUUAUUACACAUUGUCAUAGGGCGUGUCGCGUUUAUCAUUUGCCUAGGGUUAAAUCGCCGUUUCUUAGCCUGUAGGGUGCGCCGCCUGGGACUCUACGUGGGGGGCACUAGUACAUAAAGCGAAAGAAAAGACGACACUAUUAUUAUUUAAAAAACUAAUCCACAUAAGGAACCUAAUAUGCUAUUUAAUUAUUAUAAAUAUCAGUCAACUGCCGCAUGAAAUUAAUCUUGUGAAAUACUAGAAGUCGGCAAUUUUUUUGAAAUUGCAAUUUAUUAUUCUUUUCCUUCUUUCUACAUAUACGGGAUGUUUAAAGUUUUGUGAUGUGACGCAUAAUUUACGUAAGGGUCUUCCAAAAAUUUAUUUGAAACAAAACUAACCUCCAAAGGAAGCCAAUAGGUAACCAAAAUAACAGUUAGAAAAAUUGAGUUUUUAUAUUUAUUCUUAAUUUUGCUACUUCCUGCCCAUGGAUAUAGAUCUGAGUCCCAUCUGUUCAUUCUUUUUAUAAACAAACUUGGCCCAUUCUUUUGUCAUAAUUUUUUAUUGGUGCCUUGUUCUCUUCUUUCCAAUAUGUCUCCUUCUCUUCCUUUUGUUAUUUGUCUAGUAUCGUGUUUGUCAUUCCAGCUAUAAGUUUAAAUCGUUUUUUUUUUCAUAGUUUCAGUUAUUGAUUCAAUAGUGAAUAGUUCCCUUACCGCUUCGUUUAUCGUCCUGUUUUUUCGUUUGAUUUUCCCUUCGCUCUCUAUACCUCUCAACUUUAUAUUCAGUUUGUCAAACUCAGCUUUUAUUUCCACGUGUUAAUAUUUGUCGAUACACCAUCAUUUUGUUGAUUUCCUUUUAUCCUUAUGAAUAACUUUAAAAUGUAAUACAAUAAAGUUUCAAAGCACUUGAAGUCUCUGAAGACGAUAGAUUGGUUAUCGAAACGCGCGUCAGGCAGCAAUUUGGUUGGCUCGGCACCUACAUAUGUGGAACCAAAAAUUACCAAUUUGUUAUCUAUCCAUUUGGUAAUCUAGACCUUUCCAGAACUGUGAGUCACACAAUCAUCCGAGCCCCGUCCUUUUUUUAUGAAGUAAAUUCACUUAAUUGAUAAAAAUAAUUUGUCUUGAUGUAAAAACGACAAAAUGAAUAUCAAUAAACAAUAGAAUAACAAUUUAAUUAUCAAAAACGUAUUUAUUUUGCUUAAAAGAAAUCAUUUCAACUUUUACCGUAAACGUGCAAAGUAUCAAAUAUGAUUCUUUUCGCAAAAUGCAUUUUCUAAAACGGAAAAUCAGUUAUCACGAUUUUUCCUUCCCAUAAUUGCCUUCAAUACAGUAUGACGAAGCUAAGGCAAUUUACCGCAUUCCAAAAAAUACUAUAUUGUUUGUACAAUAACAAAAAACAACUCACAUUUGAGAGACGCCAUUUCACUGAUGAGAUGUGAAGGUUUUUAUUGAUAAAUGUUGUUAUAACUUUGACGUUUGACGUAAAACAGUGUUACCAACACAUUCACAAUGAAAUUCCCUUGCCCUGAAAAAAGGAACCAGAUACAAUACAGUAAGACCCCGCUUAACGCGUUGGAUACGUCCAAUUAAAGUAGAACAUAACGCUAAACAGUGCUAAACGAAGCCAACAUGUAAAUAAAGGAGUUAGGAGAAGAUGGAUAGACAUUUCUUACAAAAAUAAAAACAAUAUAAACGAAUAUACUAAAAUAAAACAAAUAAAGUCAGACAAAUCAUUCAGUGUCUUCGGUGUUUCCAGUUUUUUGCCUUUCUGUCUAGAUAGCAUCCAAUGUUAGUGAUAAUGCAUUCAUUAUUUAUUGUCUUGCUUUUGAAUUGGUCCAUAAUAUCAGUUAUAGUGAUCAAACUCCUUUUUACAAACACCAAACCAAAAAGUUCAUUUUGGUUUGGUAUUAGAAAGACUAGCUGCUAUUUCUUGAGUUAUUUCUUCGACGUCUUUCACAUUUCAUCCAUGCAGACAGAGUGUUCUUGACUCUUACUUUCAUCUGGCCAAAUCUUUGUAUUGUAGUUGUUCCAAAAUUUUCUUAUUGAUGACUUCUCUUCUCCGUUUGUUUUCAUCCAUCUGCUUAGAUGUUCGUUGCAAGCCUUAAAAUUGGUUAAAACAAUCCAUUGGUUGGAUUAGAACUUUGGUUUUAGACGGCGAGGAAACCACUUCGACUGGAAUGGAUUUUUUGUACUUUAAAUCCUGGUGGUCGUUCCUCUUCACGGGAUAGAAUGUUCAUUUUGGCAUUCGUUUCUAAAACAGAUCAACAUUUAAAACCAAUUCUGAAAGAUGGUUUCCUUGUUCAAUUAUUAUUUUUAAUGUCGCUGGAAAUUCAGCCACCGCUUUCGUAUCAACACUUGCUGCUAUUUCUAUAGUCUUUAUGUUUAUUUCGAUAUUUAAAUCUAUUGAAUCAUCCUCGACUAGUAAUAAAAGUUUCACUUGCCUCGGCCUGAAUGUAAUUCAAAAUUCUUAAGCUUUUACCGUUAUGGCAGAUUAGCUUAAUGGCGUUCAAUUAUAGCUGCAGAGCUUGACGAAGACUCUUUAUUCUUAAGAAGUGUCCUUAUUGUUGAAGUUGCCAAAUUCAAUACAGCACUAAUUUGAGAUUGACUUCACUAGAAUCUAAUCUUCUAAUUGCUUGCAUAUUAGUGGAAUAUUUUCUUUGGUUGCUUUCUUUUUUUGUUUGUUCAUGAUAAAAACUGAAGAUCAUGAUAUUUGUCACCUAACCUAAUCUUUUUUUUGGCCCUGAGGUGGGGUGGAAGCUAAUUCCGUCCUCACAGCGGACGGGUGCAAUGCUGUGUGGGACUCUCCCAUCCACUAAACCACCCUCCUCUUUCCUAAAUCCUUUGGGAGUUGCGUACGCCGGGAGGACAACAAGUUGUCAUUACAUCGGAGUACCUCCCAUGUUUCCUUUUUCACUAAGUUUCUAUUUUUGGGUGAUCCUAUUUUCUUUCUCCUUUUUGGUCAUCACAUCGGUCAUAAAAGUCGUUACCGCCUUCCAGAUCUCCCUGUCUUUAAGUAUCUCACCUGUGAUCUCAGUUGCCGGUGGCAAGUCUCCGCCUAAUAGCUCCUUCAGUCUUCAAUUCUCCUCACCCCAUCGUAUACAUUCAUAAAGGACAUGGGCCGGGUCGUCCCUUUGCCCACAUGAUGCACAUGUGUCAUCCACGGUCUUACGGAUCUUUUUAGUGAAGAAACCGAACGAUCCAUGUCCCGUCAGAAUCUGCGUAGUUAGAAGUGGUUCUAUGUUUGUACAUGACCCAGCUUCUCCACUGGGUCUUCGUCUCCAGACUAUCCCACCUCUCCUGACACUUUUUGAAUGUUGUCUCUCUUGCCAUCCAUCUGUUGCCGGCUAACCUGCCUCCUAUUUUAUAUAGGAAGCAUCUUUCAGCUAUCAUGAGAUCAAUCGGUGGAAAUCCUGCUACAACCUGAACUGCCUCGGCCGAUACGGUCCGCCCAGUUGGAACACGGAAUCUCUAUUGCGCAGAAUCGUCACCGUACCAAGGACGAUUCUUUGAUGAGUUGGAACGAACCUAUUAUGUACAUAUUUGGAAACCUAGCUUUGCCCAACAAUUCAGGGAAUCCCCGGCUUAAAAUAAAAGAACGCUAAACCGUUACAGCGUCUUUAAGCGGGGACUGUGUUUUUCUAUGAAAUGGGAAAUUUAGGGAGGGCGUUAUAAAAAUUGCUAUUGUAAGUUGGGCUUAAAUACUAAAAGGUUGAGAAACGCUGAGUAUACAAGAUGUAAUGAAAAGGUGGGUGAUAAAUUAAAGUCAAAAAGCUCAAUCGAUAAUUUGGCUUAAAACUAAUCUACACCGAAAGAAAUUGCCUUUUGCAAAGUACAAAAUGAAAAACUUUUUUCCAAUAUAAACUGUUCGAUAUUUUGUAUCGAAAAAUAUACAAAAUCACGAAAUCUGUGCAGCUCACUAACAUUUUUACGUUUAUGGGGUUUCAAAAUACUACAAAAAGUCGAACAAGUUUUAUGGUUUUGCAUGAGGGGCGAAUUAUGAACUUCUAUUAUAGUGAUUGUGGGUAAAUAACAAUAAAUUACAUAUUGGGGCUUAAACUGAAAUAGGAAAACAUGGGUAACACAAAAAAAAUAGUUAAUUCAUCUAUUAUUAUAUUACAAAAAUUGAUUUGCAAUAAAAUUGUUUAAUAAUAUUGUAAAUAGUAAAUUAUUUAUAGACGUAACAAAUAAUUAUCUGUACAGUAUUUCGAUUUAGACUCAAAUGAUUAAUAGGCAAAUGAGAUGUUAAUAAUACGAUUGAAAGAAAUAAUAAAAUUUAUUGAAUUCAAGCAAUUUUGAUUGUUUUUCUUAUACAAUUUACUAUUUAUUCUUCCAUCAUUAUCAGUGAUGAUUUUUUUGUUUCAAUUGCCGUUUAUUUGUAUUUUUGGAGCACCUUUUCAAAGAUAGAAAAUUUUCAAACAUCAAAUGAAGGUUUCUUAGUAAAUACUUCUUCAAUUUCGUCUGUAUUUAUUUGCAUCGCAUUUACCUACAUAUAGAAAAUCUGCACUGUAUUGUCGAGUAACUGUGUUUUUAAAUAUAAAUAAAAUAUACAACUAAAA